AUGGACGUGGAAAAUACGUCACCCCUGAAUCUCACAAUGAGCAGUACUGAUCAUCAGUGCUUUGAGAGUGAGCCAUUUUCGAACAACAGCAUAACGUGGAAAGAUAAAUACGCAGAAACAAAAGAAUUGUUGAGAAGUUAUAAUUUAUUUUCAGACCAUUUAAUAAAUUAUAGUAUCGAUUUUUAUUUCAACAAAUUGGGUUUCAAUAGAUUUCACUUUGAGGAAACAAGCCCCGAGUUGAUAAGUAAAGUAGUUGUGUGUAUAAUAACAGCAAAAAUAAAUGAGCAGUAUUCCAGUGAUAAGUAUUUUCCAAUUUUUGAAGAGAAACAUGACAACUUUAUAUUUAUAAUUACACGAGUGUUUGCUGAUGAUAACAAAACGAGAUUAAAUUACAAGAUGGAAAAGAAAAUAGAAGAGAAAUAUUUCAAUUUUAGUGAUAUGUCUAAACACUGCUACAGGUUAAAAAGUUUUAGAUCAGUUCACUCGCUUUUUGAUAAAGAGCAUACAUAUCAAGAACCAUUGAGAACCUAUAUAUUAGAGCUUCCAACAUAUAAUGAUGAUAUAAUUAGUGAAAAUGAAACGGAUUUAAAAAAGUUAACGGAUGUAAACUUUUAUAAUUAUAUAAAAGGAACAAAAUGUGAGGAAAUUUAUUACGAAUUGAACAAAGCAGUACUAUAUGAUUUAACUGGACAGUUCAUACAAACGAAUUAUUAUAUAACAUCCGAAACAACAUUUUCUUUAACAAUAGCUGUUAAGAGGAGUAAUGUUAUAUCGAGCAUUUUUUCACUAAUAGGAGACUGCUUAAAUAUGCAUAGAUGUUUUUCGUAUUCCAAGUAUGUUGAACCGUUGAAGAAUGGCGUUUUGUUAAUAAUAUUAAAUGUUAAUGUAAUUACUAAUACAGAACAAGAAAGAAAAAAUUUAUUAUUAGAAAGAAGGAUACAGAAAAUACUCAAGUCUUUGAAAACGUUGUGUUUAUUUAAUGACUCUAAGUUUAUUCAACUAUCAGUGAAGAGAAUAUUUACUGCAGAAGAGUCAGCAUACAUUUUUAUUAUUAUUAAAUUUAUUGCUUUUUUUUCAACAAAUUCUUUUUCUAGUUAUAAAAAGGUGGAGAACGCUUUACACAUGAGAAAUGACAACAGUAGUAGUAGUAAUUCUAUUCUUAACGAUUUUUACAUAAUCAAAGAAAAGCUAAAAAGUUCAAAGUAUACCAAAGAGGAAAUUUUAAACUGUGCUUUAAGUAAUGUGAAAACGAUUAAAUUGCUCUUUGCUAAUUUUGAAAGAAAAUUAAAUAAAAAGUAUAGUAAAGAAGAACAACAACAAGAACAAAAGAAAAAAAAAAAAGCACAACCACAUGAUGAUGACACGUCAGCAUCAUCACAGUAUGAACAUAUUAAAGAUAGUAAAUAUAUUAUUGAUGAAAUUGAAGAUAAUCAUCAUAAAAAUAUACUACAAUAUUUUUAUAUGUUUGAAAAAUAUGCAGUAAAGACUAAUUUUUUUGUAAUGCACAAAAUUAGUUUUGCUGUAUCUUUUGAUGGUGCUUUGUUAAAAGAUUCUAUAUAUGAUAGUCAUCCGUAUUCUAUCGUUAUGAUUUUAGGAUUACAUUUUGUUGGUUUCCAUAUUCGAUUCAGUAAAAUAUCUAGGGGAGGAAUUAGAAUAGUUAUAUCAAAUAAUAUGAACUCGUAUAUGCACAAUUAUAACAAUUUAUUUGAUGAAGCAUAUAAUUUAGCAUAUACACAAAAUUUUAAAAAUAAAGAUAUACCAGAAGGAGGGAGCAAAGGAAUUAUUCUACUAGACGCAGAUGUUUGCAACAAUGCAAAUACCAAAUAUAUAAAAAAUUUAUGUUUCUACUCGUAUGUUAAUUCAAUAUUAGAUCUACUAAUUAAUGAAGAACCUGAAAAGGUGCUCUCCGUUUCUGUAGGUUCAAGUAAUGAAAAAAAUUUUAAUAACACCACUACGUUGGAAAAUGCAAGUGUUGAUGCAGGUCAGGAGAGGCUCCUUACACCUAUGCCACAUGUGAAAAGACUACAUGCAAUGAAUAGAAGCGCGAUGGACAACGGUACUGUAGGAAGCGGAGUGAUAAGCAGCAGGGUGCAAAACAACGAACUGAACGAUAACGAUAACAGAAGCGACAAUCGCAGUAAUAGCAAAAGUCGAGCGGAUAGUUGCCACGUGAACAGAAACAACAACAAUAUUAUGAACGGCAGUAGAAGUAGAAGUAGUAGUAGUACCAUUCGUAGCGGUAGUAGUAGUAGGAACAAUAACAACAGUAAUAGUAAUAUUGUUAUUGAUGAUGGAGUAGUGGGAAACCAUAGAGUAGAACACAAUACAGGAGAUAGGCAAAAAAGUAGCAGGUACUAUUCAUACAUCAAUGGAACAACAGAAGAUGCUGUUCAAAAAAUUAUGAGCUCCAAACUUAACAAAAGGAGUGGUAGUAAAAGUGGCGAUAGGAUAGUGGUGGCUCUAUCAGGAAAUGGAAGAAAAAAAUGUAAUGGGAAAGAAGGAGAAAAGAAUAAAGAAGCAGAGAAGAAAGGAGAAGAAGUAGUUGAUGCUUCUGAGGUAGAUGAAACUGUUGAAGAAGAGGAUGAAGAUUUAAUAUUUCUGGGACCAGAUGAAAACACAGGUUCAGAUCAACUUAUGGACUGGGCAUGUAUAAUUGCAAAGAAGAGAAAUUAUUCUUAUUGGAAAACAUUUUCAACAGGUAAGCUACGAAAAAAUGGGGGAGUUCCGCAUGACUUAUAUGGUAUGACUACUCUAGGUAUAGAAACAUAUAUAAAAAAAUUAUGUGAAAAAUUAAAUAUAAAAGAAGAAAAUAUAGCUAGAUCUGUGGUUGGAGGUCCAGAUGGAGAUUUGGGUAGUAAUGCCAUAUUACAAUCAAAAACUAAAAUAAUUUCUAUCAUUGACGGUUCGGGAGUUCUAUAUGAUAAAGAGGGGUUAAAUAAGGAGGAAUUAAUACGACUAGCUAAAAUGAGAAAUGGUGAGCAGGAAAAAAAAAAAAAAAUUAUAAAUAAAAAAAAUAAGGUACAGAAUGGAUCUCUAAGCGGAUCACAGAGAGGAGUAGUAGAGCAGACAUCCACCGUGCCACAGAAUAACAAAAGAGUAAAUACGUGUUGCAUAUUAUAUGAUGAUAAGUACCUUUCAAAGAAUGGAUUUAAGAUAGGUAUUGAAGAUCAUAAUGUAGAAAUAUUUGGAAAAAUAAUUAAAAGUGGAUUAGAUUUUAGAAAUACGUUCUUUUUAAAUCCACUUAAUGCAUGUGAUAUUUUUAAUCCUUGUGGAGGUAGACCUCAUUCUAUUAACGUUUUUAAUGUUAAUAAUAUUAUUAUUAAUGGUGAAUGUAUUUAUAAAUACAUUGUUGAAGGAGCAAAUGUAUUCAUAUCAGAUGAUGCAAGGAAUAUUCUUGAAAGUAAAAAUGUUAUUCUCUUUAAAGAUGCUUCCACAAAUAAAGGAGGAGUUAUAUCUAGUAGUUUGGAAGUACUAGCUGGAUUAGUUUUAAAUGACAAACAGUAUAUCCAGUUAAUGUGUUCUCCUGAUAGUGAUAUAACACUAGUAGAAGAAAAUGAGUUUAUAUUUAUGAAUCUUAACCAAAAAAAAAAUCAUUCACUUUCUUUUACAAGGUCGAUGAUUUUAAAUGACGACGAUUUGGAAAUAGACACUUCUGCCGCUGCUGCUGCUGAUGAUAAUGAUGAUGGCAAAGAAGGAUAUAAAGAGCAACAUGAUGUUAACAAUACAGUAACACUUGAUAAUGAGGAGCAUAAAGCAGCUGUCAGAGGGCAGAACCCACAAGAAGGAGGAGAAAACGUUUCCCACUUUUACAAAGAAUACGUAAAAGAAAUACAGAAAAAAAUUAGGCAUUAUUGUGAGCUCGAGUUUGAAUCCCUUUGGAGUGAAACAAGAAGAACAAAAACUCCUAUAUCACAAGCAACCAAUAUAUUAUCAAAAAAAAUUAGCGAAUUGAAAAAAGAUAUAUUAUCCUCAGAUACCUUAUGCACAGAUUACAAAUUGAUGAAAAAGGUCCUUCGAGAUGUUAUACCACCAACCUUAUUAAAAAUUGUAACAUUUGAUCAAAUUUUUGAAAGGGUUCCUUAUAUUUAUCUUAGGUCCCUAUUUGCAUCUGCACUGGCUUCCAAUUACUACUACUCCCAACAAUUCCUGAAUGACCUUUCUGUCUUUAACUUUUUUGAGUACAUUCGAAAGAUGCAGAGUCAGUGCGAAAAUUAG